AUGUUCUCGUCAAACGCGUUUGAGGUGCUUGGAAGGACGGCGAUUAUUACGGGUGGUUCAAGUGGCAUGGGCCUUGAGUUGGCUCGUCAGCUUGCUGCAAAAGGAGCCAAUGUUGUCAUCGUGGCUCGGAGACAAGACCGGCUGUUGAAAGGACUCGAGAUUAUUGAGGCAGCAGCUCUGGAUAAGAAAACCCAGCGUUUUCAUCAAAUUAGUGCCGACCUGACGGUGGCCUCCGAAGCUGUCCGGAUCGUGGAUGAGGUGACAUCAUGGAAUGGGGGACUUGCGCCAGAUAUUGUAUGGUGUUGUGCCGGCUGCUCGCACCCAACGCUCUUUGUAGACACGCCGGUUGAAGAAUUCUCCAGGCAAAUGGACAGCAAUUACUUCAGCGCCAUGUACGUCGCACACGCAAUCAUGAGACGUUGGCUUAAAAAUCCAGAGGAGAAUUCUGGCUCGUCGAAAGAGUCAAACAACCAGACUGCCAAGUCGGCACGUCAUCUCCUCUUUACUUCCUCUGUACUAGCAUUUCACACCUUUGCUGGCUACACAAGCUACAGUCCCACAAAGGCUGCCCUCAGAACUCUGUCGGACACGCUAUCCCAAGAGCUGAACCUAUACCACGCAGCACAUCCCGACAUGCGCAAGGUUCGUGUUCACACUGUAUUCCCAUCAGGCAUCCUGACAGAGGCUCUUGACGAAGAGAACAAGAUCAAGGCCGAUGUGACAAAGGCGCUCGAGGAAGUGGACAAACCUCUUACUCCCGAAGUCGUCGUAUCCAGAAGCCUCAAGGCACUGGAGGGUGGAGAUGAACUUAUCGCCGUAGAUCCUCUCUCUUGGCUCACAAAACGAAGCAUGCUGGGAGGCACUGCCCGCAGCGGCAUAUCGGUGACUUACGAUUGGCUCCUCGCUGCUGUACUCGCACUUGUAAUGAUCUACGUUCGUUGGGAUAUGGACAAACAGGUUCGGGCCUUUGGUAGGAAGUUUGGAGCCACGGGCAUGAAGGAUGGCAGUGGCUCGUCAGCCUGA